CUUUCCCAUUUAUACCAUUUAUAAUUUGGAUAUAACAGAAGCAAUGGGUCUUCCAUUUAUAAAUCGAUGUAUAAUUUUGACCAUGCUUUUUGUAGUAUGUUUAGCAGAUGACUCUGAAGAUGUCUGCAAUCAGGUUAUCAAUAUUCAUGGCGGAUAUCGUACUGGAUCGUCUGGGACCAAAAAUUGUGUCACCGAAAAGUCUAUGGAAGAAAUGAUGAGGCAGAUGUUCAUUAAUAUAUCUAGUGUUCUAGAAGACAACACAAGCAAGAAUCGUUCUUGUAGGAAAACAAAUAUAAAACCUCGUGACUGUCAGGACAUUAAGAACGAAGGACAUCAGACCACAGGGAUUUAUACCAUAUAUCCAGGUGCAGGACAAAGAGAAAUUAGGGUUAGAUGUGACAUGGAUACAACAACAGGUGGGUGGACUGUAAUACAACGCAGAAUUUUUGACACCGACUUUUUCAAGACUUGGUAUGAUAAUAAGAUUGGCUUUGGCAAUCUUAGUGACAAUUUUUGGCUUGGAAACGACAAUAUCCAUGAGACUUCAACCCAGAACGUAUACCAACUACGUGUCGACAUGACCAGUAACGACGAUGAAACAGCAUUUGCAGAAUAGAAGAUCUUUCUUGUCGGUGACAGUAAUUUAAAUUAUAGACUUCUGGUUGACUGGUUUAUCGGUGGCAAUGCCGGGGAUAGUCUUGGAUAUCACAACGGACAGAGGUUUUCGACGCGGAUAGAGAUAACGAUCCCAGCGGAAGACACUGUGCUCAGAUUCGCCCUGGAGGUUGGUGGUUCAAAGAUUGCCUUCUAUCCAAUCUGAAUGGAGACUACGGUAAAACCAGCGCCGGUGCAGGUCCUAUCUGGCACUCAUGGAAGGGAUACAAUGUGCCAAUGAAGAUCACAGAAAUGAAGAUUCGACCAUUGUAUACAUAGACAUGCAUUGCUCCAUCACAUGAAAACAUAACAGUUAUGAAAUUUGAUAAUAGUGAUUUUAUAGAUCUAAUAAGUACUGUCAGUUUCAACCUAAACAUUUGAAAGUAAAUGCUUGCAAGUUAAUAGAAAAAUGUUUAUGUGAUAGGGAGAUCAAUUAUCUAAAAACAAAAUUGUUUAAAGAGUAGCUUUUUCAUCAUCAUGUCAUGUAUGUUUAAUACGACAUCAAACCUGUCCUCCUUACUCAAUACAAAUGCCGUUGAUGCAUCUUUGAUAUAUUUUUAUCACACAAAUCUAGCUUGUCGCAAUUGGUUAUUUAUUACUUCGUGAUUUCAUUUAUUACUUCGUGAUUUAAUUUCCAAUCGUUGUUUCUUUAUCAAACGGGUAUUCGAUGGUGGACCAGGUUAACCAGACAUAUGCAUUUCCUUAUUCGCCGUCAAGUCCAUAUCAGUUUAAAAAAUUUCAAGUGUUCCUUUUUCUCCGCACAGCAGUCUUCUGGAAGAGGUUGUCGCCAAUAUUGCAACAUUAUCUGACCUUGAGCCCUUUACGAAAGCAGUGUCCCAGUUCAUUUACUAAUAAAAUGCAAAUUUAAAAUGUUUUUAUACAAUUGUUAGUCUUUCUUAUAUUUUUAACAUUUUAACAACCCCGUCAUUUUCAUGUUCUGAUGGUCGCAGAAAAAAAAACUGUAUUUGUACUUUUAUUCUCAGUAACAGUCGACGUGCACCUGUCCACA